UAACAUGUCAUCUAUAUCUGGAGGUUGGAGGUUGGACGUUAUAACAGCAUAUAAUAGAUGUCAUUUGCGUUGAUUGGCACUAGACAUGUACUCGCGGUGAACCUUCGGAGCCUUGGGUGGCCAUUUCUUCUGGACGUGAGGGACACGUCAAGGUCCUGAAUUUCAUAAAGCAUGUCCAUCAUUGUCCAGAGAGGUUCGGCGAGACUAAUCCAAGGCACAUACAGCCAGCAGAACAGCAGACACGCUCAGUCACGUGCUGGAGUAUGUAUGCGCGUUCUGACGCGUCUGGUCACACAUGCGUCACUCCUGGCAUUCCACCGGGCCCGUCUCCACCAUACGGUAUAGCAGGAUUCGUUUUCGACUGUCCGCUUCUACUCCAACGCCGCACAGAUGAUCCUGCUACGCCGUCUCUGUGUAGGACGUCUGUCGGCCGUGCUGCUCUGUCAGAUCGAAAGGGGGACGGGGAAGAGAUGCGAGCGGCAUAUGACGAGGUAGUGACGGCUGGGAUAUGGAUAUUGCCGCGCCAUAGAUGUCGAGCUGCAUGUAUUUACGAGUGAACGACAGGAGGCGAAAAGGGACGUGGUACCAGUGCACCUGGUGUUAUGUGACU